CGGUGGCCAGCACCAACGCUCUGUACUUGCCGAUGCGCAACCGCAUCGUGAUCCCGGCCACGGUGCUGCGGCUGCCCAUGUUCUCGCCGGACGCACCCAAGGCGUUCACCUACGGCGGACUAGGCGCCGUCUUGGGACACGAGAUGACGCACGCAUUCGACCCCGUGGGCAGCAUGUGGGACGCCCGAGGCCGCAGGCGGGACUGGUGGACGGCCAGCUCGAGGCAGCUGUACGACGGCCGCCUCGGCUGCCUGCGCCUCUCGCACGGAACGGCGCAGAGCGAUGCCGACUCGGAGAACAUGGCCGACUUCGCCGGCCUGGGGUCGUCAUACAACGCCUACGCGAACCUAGGCGACAAGCAGAAGCUCAAGGAGCUGCCGUACGACGCCGAGCAGCUCUUCUUCAUCUCGUCGUGCGUCAAGUGGUGCGCCGCCGAUCGUGCCGGAUACUCGAAGCGCUACGCCCCCUGGUGGGACCGCUGCAACGUGCCGCUCAAGAACAUGGAGGAGUUCGCGGAGGCCUUUCACUGCGCCGAGGGAUCGGCCAUGCGGCCCGCGCGGCGCUGCGCCUUCUGGUAGACGGCGUCGAUUAAAGCUCCCGUAGCAUUU